GAGAUUGGGUGUCGGAGAAAUAACGUGUUCAAACUUUUAGACACACAGAGGGAGUUGUUAUCAACUUUGUAAUGAAAACCCGAAAUGAAACACAAAAGCUGGGUUACUGAUCGGGAAUAUAUGUUCUCAUUGCAUAGUAUGUAGGUUCUUGGUUUGAAAAGGGCAUGUGUCAUAUUCCUUCUGUAUGCACCGCUAGACACACACUGUUGACACACAGGAUCUGGGUCACAUGACGUGGACGCAUUUUAGGAGCAUUUUAAUUCUUUCUGCCAUUGAUUUCUCCUAUUCUCUAUUUUUAAAGAUUAGAUACAUUUAUACUGAACUCGAGAAUGCUUGGAAUCUACAGCAAAAGGUUGGCACUAUGGUGUCUUGUGUUGAUACACACUGGCUCAACAAAGUUAACUACCUGUUCUACCUAUACCUGGCGAUGCAAGGAUGGUGACUGCAUACCUCUGAGUGACCGGUGUGACGGUUUUAAAGAUUGCAAGGAUCACAGUGAUGAAGCCGGUUGUGUUAGUUGCUCUUCCAGUACGUUUAGGUGUGCUAAUGGCAGGUGUAUAUUGAACAAGUACAGGUGUGAUGGCGGAAGUAAUUGUGGCGACCAAAGUGACGAGGUUAAUUGCACUAAGUGUUCUGAACUGGCCUGGACUUGUAGGAGUGGUCAAUGUAUUGGCACCAACUGGAGAUGUAACGGUUACAUCGACUGCUUGGAUGGAAGCGAUGAAGAAUAUUGCUCUUCCUGCAAGCCUGCAGCCUGGUUAUGUAACAAUGGGAAAUGUAUCAAGCAUCAAUACAGAUGUAAUGGAGACAACGAUUGUGGUGAUAAAGAUGAAAGCGAUGAAAUAAACUGCAAUGAUUGUCAGCCAGGAGUGUGGCGGUGCAUGACCAAGAAAUGCAUCAACAAUGACGACAGGUGUAACGGGGACGACGACUGUGGUGAUGAUAGUGAUGAACAGAACUGCACGGUCUGUCAAGCGGGCUCGUGGCAAUGUGACAACAGAAAAUGCAUCAAGAGUCGACACAAAUGUGAUGGUGAUGACGAUUGUGGAGAUGAAAGUGAUGAGCGGUAUUGUGAGACUUGUAAAAGUACAUCGUGGCUAUGUAACACAGGUCUUAGAUGCAUCAACCACAAUAAAAAAUGUGACGGCUACAAGGACUGUCCAGAUAACAGCGAUGAAAACUGUACUGUCUGCAAUGCAGGAGUAGACCGCUGUGAGGAUGGAACCUGUUUAUCUAGAAACUUAAGAUGCAAUGGAGUAAAAGAUUGUCUGGACAACAGUGACGAGGUGAACUGUGCAGACGACACAAAUCACAUCCAGUAUUUCCUGGGAGCUGCUGGUCUGUUACUACUGCUAGUGAUUAUCGUUACCUUGGGAAUACUAUGUAGAAAUCGCAGAAAAGGUGAAUUAUUAGUACUUGUUAGUAAAAAACAACAACAUUGAAUAAUAUAUUAAAAUACUUAACAAUAAAAAUCAGUGUUGUCCUUAUGUGUUUAUAAAGAUAGACUAUACGACUACAAAAUGCAUUUCACAUUGAUGUCUGAUGUCUUUGAAUGAUAAUUCUUUUCUAAUUGAUUUGCUUGACUUUUUUUUAGCUGCCCCCGAAAGGGGAAAUGACGCUAUUAGUUUUGUGUGGAAUGUCUGUACGUCCGUCCAUCCCGUUUAGAUCUCGCAAACUAUAAAAGGUAGUGCAACUCCGACAUCAUAAUAUUUAAACCAUUCAAAGUUCUGAUGCAACGGCUACUUUUUUCUUUUCUAAAAGUGCAAAAUCUAAUUUUUGUAUUCACUUAUGCAAGCAGUUUUUCAUAAAAAUACACAACUUUUACAACUUUACCUUUACCUAUCCCUUAGUCUGUUGGACCGUUGGGGCACCUGACAUGAUGUGUCGACCUUCUUUCUCCAUUCUUCCCUUUUUUUUGCCUUGUUUAGGACCUCUCUCAAUGGCAGGCCUGUCCAUUCUUUAAUGUUGUCCUCCCAUCGCUUUUUCUGUCAGCCUCUUCCUCUUGCCCUGUUCCCUGAAGGGAGGUCUUUGCGAGCCCCGUAGAUCUUGUAAUGUGGCCAAAGGUUUUAAGCUUUUAACAACUAUAUACUAUUAAUUCUGUAUAACAUUAAAUGCUCUUUAAUAGAGAAUGUACCUAUCUACAAUAUUUUUUUACACAUUUAUGGUAAUGGUUUUAGAUUUUUUGUCAAUUUUGUUUUACAUUUCUUUUUUGUAAGUUAAAUAAGUUCCGUCAUACUAACUACUAAAUUUAAACACAAAAAAAUGUUUACUUUUUUUUAAAGAGAAAAUAUCUAUUUAGUAUGCAUAUAAGUUAUAAUUUAUAACAACAAUUAAUAAGUAGUUUUUCAUAUUAUCGCGUGAACUGCAGUGCCACUCUAUGAUGACAACACACUUAACUAAAGGAAAUAUUUUUUUUUACGGAAAUGUUUUUUUCUUGAGGAUUUGAAUAAGAGAUUGACCCUUUACAAAACAAUUAGAUCAAUUAGAUAUUCAUUAUAAGACAUCAGUUAGGUCAGGUUCACAUCUAAAUUCACAUUCACUUUCACCUAUCAUUUGGUCUGCUGGACCACUGGGGCACAACACAAGAUCUGCCAACCUUCUUUCUCCAUUCUUCUCUGUCAUUCGUCUUUGAUAGAAUUUCAUUCUGAUAUUCUUUCUGAAAAUAUUGAAACCUGCCUUUUACCUGCCUGGGUGGACCACUUCGGAGGCCGAUUUUGAGUUUGUAAACUGUCUUUGUAACUGUGUUUUAUAAUGAUGUGAUUGUUUUAAGAUAAUUUUUGAAGGACGUUAUAUAGGUUCUUGAAUGUGUAUAAAUGUUAGGACUGAUUGGUAAGUAUCAAAACUAUUUACGAUUGCUCAAUGAAGAUGCGUGUAUUCUGAAAUUAUAUUUAAAAAAAAAACGGAAUGCGUUUUAUCUAUUUGAAGCUUUGGUCAUGUUUUUUUUUUUUUUUUAAAUUUUCCUAAUAUUUGUAAUUAUAGAACUUUUUCUAUGUCUAUUAAUUAGGUACCGGAUACAAAUACGCAGCAAUGUGAGUAUUCAAUCACAGGCUCAAUAAAUUGACAGUAUCUCUCUGCUCUCUCUCUCUCUUUUUCUAUUCCAUUGUGCGUCCCUUACAGUUUCUCUCUUUCUCUAUUACUCUCAUUCUGUCUUUCUCUCUCUCUUUCUUCUGUCUCUCUUUCUCUUUAUCCUUCUCGUUCUCGCCCAUAAUCUCUCUUAUUCUCUUUCUUUUUAAAUCUUUCUCUCCAUUUUCCUAUUUUUCUCUUCCUCGCUCUUUCCCUCUCUCAAUUUCUCUGUCUGUCUUUCUCUCUGGCUCUAUUUCUGUAUCUGUUUCUAUCUAUUUCUCUGUCUGUCUUUCUCUCUGGCUCUAUUUCUGUACCUCUUUCUAUCCAUUUCUCUGUCUUUCUCUCUGGCUCUAUUUCUGUAUCUGUUUCUAUCUAUUUCUCUGUCUGUCUUUCUCUCUGGCUCUAUUUCUCUGUCUGUCUUUCUCUCUGGCUCUAUUUCUGUAUCUGUUUCUAUCUAUUUCUCUGUCUGUCUUUCUCUCUGGCUCUAUUUCUGUAUCUGUUUCUAUCUAUUUCUC